AUGGGGUUUCCGUCGAAAGACGAAGACAACCAAGGAUGGAAGCUUUACCUGACUUCUCUAAUCAUGAUCAUUGCCGCUGGACUUAUCGUUAUUGCCAGGGUCGUGAUACGACUCCGGAUCGGUGUGAAGUUACAAUCCGACGAUUAUACAAUUAUAGCGUCCUUGAUGUUCUCCAUUUUAUUGUCCAUCACCAUCCAGUUGUCCGUAGCCCAUGGCUAUGGACAGCAUAAGGUUGACCUUUCGACCGAAGAACUGCAUUCAUGCCUCAAGUUCUUCUGGAUUGCGCAGACGCCCUAUAAGAUCGUGGUGUGUUUGAAUAAAGUAUCCGCUAUAUUAUUGUACAUGCGUAUCUUCAUCUCGCGUCACUUUCGAUGGCUGUGCUAUGGCGCGCUCGCAAUUGUUGUUGGCUCAGGGAUCGCGACGGUUUUCGCGACCAUUUUCCAGUGUGUGCCACUACAGCGGUCUUGGGAUAAAAAUGUCGAGGGAACUUGCAUCGAUAGCUCGAAAUUCUGGCUGGCCAAUGCGGUGCUGAAUAUCUUCACAGAUGUGAUCGUUUUGGCACUGCCUAUCCGCGAGGUCUCCAAGCUCCAGCUGAAACUUCAAGAAAAGAUUAUGCUGCACAGUGUAUUCUUAUUAGGUAGUUUUGUCACAAUAACAUCUAUCCUACGCGUCACGGCUGUAGCCAAUAGCGUACGCAACCAACAAGACCUGACAUGGAAUUUCAUCGAGCGAGGCAUCUGGACCAUGAUCGAAGCGAACUUGGGCAUUAUCUGCGCAUGUCUACUAGUGUUAAAACAAGUGGUGAAGCGCUGUUUCCUGUCCGUGUUGGGAACGAUUCCGAAUGUCAAAUACGGUUAUGGGCCUGGAACCAGCGGCACUGUAGGGCCUGCCAUUGGAAUGUCUAAGCGAGAGACACAGAAACACUUUAGGCUCGACGAUGCGGUGGACGACGAGCACACGUGUGGGCGCGAGAUGAACGAUAUCUAUACGUGGCCGGAUAUAAAGUCAUACAAGAUGACUUCCCUGGCAUAUCGGAGUGCAUCAGAAGAUGGACGAAAGAGUGAUGAGAAGCACAUCGUCUCCACGAAGGGCAUAGAGAGGGGCCCCAGCCAGAGCAGUGCAGCCAGCGCGGACAGGCUUUCCAAUUGGCCGUUACAUCAAGGCAUAACAAAGAAGAUGGACGUCCGUGUCGACUCUCAUUACCUGUCGUCUAUUGAUCCUGAGCAUUAA